AGCUGGAGUUGGGAGUUUAACUUUCAGUUUAUACUACGUGUCUGAGAAUAUCAUGGAUUCGAGCUUUGGGCCGAUUCUCCUGUUGGUUUCGUGUGUUCUUGUAUCACACGUGGUGGCGCCAGGUGAUGGUGUACAAGCUAUAGUGAAAACUACGACGAAUCUCGUCACAGCUCCUUUGAACCUUGAAAAGUACUACCUAACAAACUUUUACAGUCUGCAUUUUGACUGCUAUCGAUUUUGCUGGGUUGUACUUGGGAAGAAACGCCGAAAUGAGUGCUUGGAAACUAAGAAAAUCAAAUGUCAAGAAAGACGGAAUUACAGCUACGGACAAUUUGUGGUAUUUCACCUCACCAAGCUCGGCGUGGGCAAGGUCGCUUCCAAAGUGUUGGGAGUGCCCAUUAUGGUGGUCGGGACGGGUGUUCAAGCAGGAGUAGCCGCAGCGAGUACGGUAGCUUCAGGAGCUGUCGAGGGAGUAAAAGAAAUAACAAAGGUAGGAAGUCAAGUUGGACAAGCUACCUUGGAUGUUGCCAAAAAUGGAGUUGAAACUACUAAGGCAGCAGUAGAAGAUACCAAAAAGGCUACCAGUACAGUGCUUGGGGGAAUGAAAGAGGCUGCUGAUACAGGACUUGCAGGAGCGACAGAAAAGACUAAGGCAGCCGCUGGAGAAGCUUUAGGUGCGGCAAGUGCUGCUUUACAAGCACCAGGAGCUUUGCUGAAAAACGGUGGUCCAUUAUCAAAAAUUCCCUCUUUCAAUAAGGACAGUUAAAUAAAUUGGAAGAUGUAAAAUUGUCCAGAUUGAAAAAGUGUUAUUUUUUAACCAACCAAUUGACUCCCUGGUAUAGACUAGGACUCGACUUCGUCUCGAACUUAAAAACUAUCUCGAGCCGGCAAAACCUCAUUUUCGGCCCUAGGUACGAAAUAUAAUAUUUCACAACAAUGCAAAAAUGCAUGUACUAUGCAAACGCAGUAAACACUGCAGUAGGACUGCUGGCGUUAAACUACUAAAAUUGGUGCAGACGACUUUUAAAAAAUAUUUUGAACC